AUGGAUGACAAUACGCAAUCUUGCUUAUUACAAUUACUUGUACAUGCGGAAGACGAUGAGAUUGAGGCUAUUACUGCAAUAAUAUCCAAUUACUCAACAACUUUAUUGAAAGAGCCUUGUAGAACCAGUUCGCAAUCAGGUCAUGCAUGGGUGCAAGAAAUUUUGCAAAGGCAUCCUCAACGUUGUUAUGAUAUGUUUCGUAUGGAAAAAGAUAUUUUUCUUCAACUUUGUGACGAACUAGUGCAACAUGGCCUACGUCCAACCAGAAGAACAGGGAUUCAUGAAAUGGUCGGUAUGUUCCUAAAUAUUGUUGGACAUGGAGUGGGGAAUAGGAUGGCACAAGAACGAUUUCAACAUUCAGCAGAGACUGUUCACAGGCAUUUUAGAAAUGUAUUACAUGCUUAUGCCAUAGGAGCAAUUGAUGGCACACAUAUCCCGUGUGUGGUUAGUGUUGAAGAGCAAGGGAAAUAUAUUGGAAGGAAAGGUAUUCCAACACAAAAUAUAAUAGCCGCAUGUGAUUGGGAUAUGUGCUUCACUUAUGUCAUGGCUGGAUGGGAAGGGACUGCUCAUGAUGCUCGUUUGUUUGACUAUGCUCUCAUAAGGCCAGACAUGAAAUUUCCACAUCCACCCCAAGGUAAAUAUUAUUUGUUAGAUGCUGGCUAUCCAACUCCACGUGGAUAUUUAGGUCCUUAUAGAUCUCAUAGGUACCACCUCCCAGAUUUCAGGCGUUCAUCUGGAUUUGCAAAUAAUAAUGAGAUUUUUAAUUAUUAUCAUUCAAGCUUAAGGACCACAAUUGAAAGGACUUUCGGGGUUUGGAAAAAUAGAUUCACAAUCUUACGACAUAUGCCUAGCUAUCCAUUUGUGCAGCAAGUUCGUAUUGUUGGUGCAACAAUGGCUAUACAUAAUUUUAUUAGAAGAAAAUCUGUAACUGAUUCUGAUUUCAGGCAUUUUGAGGAUGAAAAUAUGGUUAACACUAUCGAUGAUACUGAUGAGCCUGCAUUUUCAACAACAAUUCCAAGUGCAAUUUCAAGCAUAGCUUCUGAUAGAGAAAUGAAUAGGGUUCGAGAUUCUAUUAGAGAUCAGAUUGUAUAUUAUAGAUCGAACCAUUAA